AUGGAACAUCUCAACGACCUCGAUUUUGCGGAUGACAUUGUGCUGUUCUCGCAGAGAGGAAACGACAUGCAGAACAAGCUGGAUGACCUAGCUGCAUGCUACUCGGCGGCGGGUCUGAAAGUCAAUGUCUCCAAGACCAAGUCGAUGGCAGUGAACACGGAACGCGCUCAAGGCUUCACGAUAGCUGGUGAAAACGUUGAGAAGGUCGACACUUUCCAGUACCUUGGUAGGCAGAUUGCGCCUGAUGGUGGUACCAAGCUCGACAUAUCCACGCGGAUCAAGAAGGCAAGAAGUGCUUUCGCGGGUCUGCGCACCUUGUGGCGAUCAAACCAAAUCAGCUUGCGCACAAAACUACGGAUCUUCAACUCGAACGUCAAGUCGGUGUUGCUCUACGGGAGUGAGACCUGGUGCGUAUCGAGCCAGAACACGUCGAAGCUACAAGUCUUUGUGAACCGCUGCCUACGCAAUAUCCUUCGCGCCUGGUGGCCCCGAAACUGGGUAUCGAAUGCGGAGUUGCAUCGGUGGUGUCAGCAGAGGCCCAUUCACGUUGAGAUCCAAGAGCGCAAGUGGAGAUGGAUCAGCCACACGCUACGGAAGGAUGCGCACGAGAUCUGCCGAGAAGCGCCGGACUGGAACCCUCAAGGACAACGCGGUCGGGGCAGACCAAGAGGCUCAUGGCGGAGAAGCCUCCACCAAGAAAUCAGUGCUGUUGACGGGACGUUAAGCUGGCGCCAAGUGAAGGCGAAAGCAGAGAAUCGUCAACAGUGGAAAUCCUUCAACGCGGCCCUAUGCUCCACUGGGGAGCAGGACGCAUAA